GCCGCUGGCGCUGAUUCGCGGAGUUAGCCUGAGUCUCAGACGCCUUCAAUCGAACUUGCUUGUUCAACUCCAGAGAGUACCAAGUUUGAAGUAAGUACUGUCAUAGUCCCGACUAAAUCCUGACUCUCUUCAUGUUCUGAGAUGGAAAUCGACGCGGAUCACGACUCGGAUAUCCCAGAUUUUGUACGAGCCUGGCAUCCAUCAGUUCGUCGACCUAUCAUUCCCCCAAAUCCGGCGAUCUACCAUGAAGGUGUUCAUCCUCGCGCCAUUUUUGAGCUUUGUGAAACUCCUUCCAGCGAAUAUAUCUAUGUCGUUUCAUAUCCCUGCACCCAUUGUCGCACGUUAAAGCAGUUUUGCUCCCGUUCCUGGCCCAGCUGCGAUCGGUGCGCCAGGACUGGACGGCCUUGUAAUGCUACUCAACCAGGCUAUCAGAAGCUUCCCCCGCCCAAGGGAACCAACCCUAGAAAACAUGCAUCAAUCACUGCACCCCCACCAAUACCCGGAAUGUCCUCGGCGUUGCCCUCCAAAAGGGCAGCAGCUUUGAGAUCCAGUCAAUCCAUAACAACUUCUUCAAAUCCCCAGUCACCCAAGAAUCCGAAACCGACCCAUUCGAGCUCUUCAAAUCCCCCGCCACCCAAGAAACAAAGAUUGACUCAUUCGAGCCCCCAAAGUGCUUCCAAACAAACUUCCGGAUGCAGAGGGAAUAAGAAGAAGGUCGAUGGUAACUCCCCUCAGAACAAACCACUCAAAGAACCAGUCAACCCGGAAGCUAGGAAUGGUGAUUCUUCAGCCUCCACAGCGCCGGUUUGGACUUUUGUGCGGCCUCCAAAGACUGAAUUUGUGAUUGAUAGCUCUGCAGCUGUGCCUGUAGUCGAUACUCCUACUCGGACACCUCGAGUCUGGGCAAAUUCUCGCGCAGACGUGGCUUCAAUAUUCCCUGAACUCACGAAGUCUCUUACGGGUAUCUUAUGGCGGCAGUUUGAAAUGCCCGCAUUGUUCCUAGAGCAUCACCGCCCCCAGUAUUCUUGGAGAGACAAAAAUACUCUGGAAGUUGUUCUGGAGUGGACUUAUCAGUGCGGACCCGAAGUACUUGUACAUAGCGAUUCGCAUGACAAAACGCAUGAUAAGAGGCCCUCCGAUAACAGUCAUGCAGCACGAGUGGAAGAGUGUGGGUCUGUGAAGAAUUCUGCACCCUCCUUCACCCCUAUCAAGCAGGAUCUCCAGUUCAAUUUCUCAUUGUCCAAUCCAUUGCUGGCUGCGGGAUCCGAAGAAGUGUUGCCGUCCAAUACCGCGACUGUGUCGCAGUUGUCCACGUUGGCGCCAGUACCGUUGCUAGAUUCACCAUCGCUGCCGGUAUUGCUUCCAUCUCUGGUUCAACCACCAGAGACGGCGGUGUCUUCCUCGACAACUCCUAAAAUCCAACCCCGAAUGCCUGGACCAAGGCCAUCUGAGAUCGAGGCCUUAGAUCAAUGUCUCAUGAAGAAAGACCCCUUACUUGUCUUCGUAUCUCGAGAAAGCGGGCUCUUACCACAUCAGCUCCCUCCUGAGUACACAUACUGUUGCUUGGGUUUAUUUUUCAUAUCUGACCUGAACGCAGAUAUAGACAACACAGUCAUAGCUAUUUCUAAAACCCAGAAAAGCGGACGCGUACGAUGGCGUCUUACCUUGGAAUGGGCUCCGGGAGGCGAAGAUGCGUUGUCGGAAAACAUCAGUGAGACAUCAUGUCCGUGGUGGAUUGAUCCUGUCGACUAUCUUGUCGAAAAGGGGGCUGGUUCAGUGAAGACACCCUAUCGUCCGAGAGACCUGAGCAUCCAGCAUUUCAGCUUUCUGCCGUUGGACCUCCUGGCGGGCUUCAAACCCAGCGAGUGUUUCCCAAGAGGCUGGUAUUGCAAAGAGUGUGGGAUGCUUAAUGCGCAAAGGUGUUUUCGACACCAGAUCUGCCAGAGUUCCUGGUGCAAGCGUAAAAUGGAGCGGGGAAAAACAACCAACGAUAAUGCCUUAAUUUGCCAUGUUGAUCCGUUACAAGCAGUUCGAGGGUUACAACGUUUGCGCAUAUGGGAUCCUCUCGAUGACGCACCUUCGUCAGUUGGCAAAUUCGAUUGCUCGUGGGACGACAAGAUGCGGACUUUGACGUAUGAAGUCAACAGUGGUGUGAGAGUACAACAUGUCUUCACCGGUAACCAAGAGAUAUUACAGCAGGAUGCAACAAAACUACUCCUCGAUGUCCAGAAAGAUGUUAUUCUUUCUCGCAAUGACCUGCAUAGCCCUUAUUUUACCUGGUCCACGAAACUUGAUCCUGGACAUACAUAUGCCGAGGAUCCAGCAGGAAAUCCCGAAACACCUAGACUUGUAUUCAACAUCCAGGAAGUCUUGCUUCACUAUAUGCAAGCAUAUGGCGAAAUCAAGGACGCCAACAUCAACCAUAUCCUGAUUCAGGCAUGGGUCAAUCCGGGUUCAAAACGGGGCGCCGUUUUCAAUGCCAAGAGCCACGUUGUCACGAUCAUUUGUCUGGGUGCCGAAGUCGUCAUGAAUUUAGUACCCAAACGUGGUUUCACGGAGAUACCCAUCGAAACUGCGGAGAACCGCAUGGAGAUUGAUAGCGAGCGGAUCUUAAGUGCGUCACAGCUGGUAUGUUCAUCGGAACCACUUGCGUCGGCAGCAGUAAUUGUGCCAGAUGGCUACCGCCAACCUGGUGGUGACAAAAACGCCGCGAAUCAACAUGACCCAGCGAGCCUUGCUGUGGGGGAAGCAUCUAAACCGGCAGGUAAUGUGGGGGACGGUAAGACAGCGGCCGGAAAAGGGAAGGGUACUGGUGGGAAGAAGAGCAAACAAGCUCCAUUAGAACUUUCCAUGACCUUAGUUCAUGGCGAUGCUAUCAUUCUGGAGGGAGAUGAUUUUGAGUACCAAAUCAAGCGCAGCGGAACUACGAUUCUUCUCAUUGGGUCUUAUGAGUGAUCGGCACGGAUCGGUCGGUGGUCGUCUUGGAAGUUUCAGAUUAACCAAAUAUUACAUUGCAUUGUCAUUAGACGAUAGACUAUGGCUUGCUUGUUCUCGGGGUCGUGAAUAACAAGGGAGGAAGGGCCUUCGUCGUUCAUCGUAGUUAGAGCGCUAGAGCAGUCCGAAAGCAGCAAUCAAAUCUCCCAAACACUCCAACUGGCUGGCGCCUGCUGAGAGCG